AUGAGAGAGGGGAAUCAGUCACAUGGUGGUAUAAUGAUAGUUUCUAGGAAUGAGGUGUCAAGCUUUGAAGACGCUAACUUAAGCAUAGAACCUGAUCAACCUCAAAGAGGCUCUGUCGACAAAUCAGUGGAAGAAGAGGUUCCAAAUCUUACUUGUGAGAUUUGUGUAGAGCCCAUGACAGAGAUCAAGAAAUUCAACAACAAAAAUAGUUGUGCUCAUCCAUUCUGCUUAGAUUGUAUUGCUAAAAACAUAGAAGCCAAGAUAGGAGAGAACAGUACAGCAAAGGUGCCAUGCCCAGCCUCAAACUGCGACAAGCUCUUGGAUCCAAUCUCAUGUCGACCGAUCCUCCCUGCCGGAUUGUUCGAAAGAUGGUGUGAUGUGUUGUGUGAGUCUGCUGUUCUAAAGGGUGAGAGUGUGUACUGCUAUUGCCCUUCUGCCACGUGCUCGGCGUUAGUCCUGAAUGAGUGUGGGGGGAACAUUACAAGGUCAGAGUGCCCAAAUUGCAAAAAACUUUUCUGUUUCCAGUGCAAGAUCCCUUGGCAUGUGGGUUUUGGAUGCAAUGAGACCGAGCAAUUGAGAGAUGAAAAUGACUUUCUCUUCGGCGAGCAUGUUGAAAGGAACAACUGGAAGAGAUGUCCAGGCUGCAACUUUCUCGUGGAGAAACUUGAUGGAUGCUCAAACAUAAAAUGCAGGUUUUUUUUUUUUGCCUCAUCUGCUUCCUUUGCUUCACCCUUUUACUUUGUAGUGUUCAUAAUAGCUCAUAGGCAAUUUGUAUCCUCUACUGCCGCCUAG